AUGGAGGAAUGGCUGGCAACCAAUAAACAAAGAUGUGAACUCUCUGGUUUAUGCCUGAAGAUGAACAUUUACCUGGUCAGCUCCUCUGGGGGCGGCGGUGGCUGCUUCUCCAGCUGCGGCGGCGGCGGCGGCGGCGGCUCCUCCGACUGCAGCAGUGGCUGCUACUCCGGAGGCGGCGGCGGCGGCGGCGGCGGCGGCUCGGGCCAAGAGGUCCAGUGCCAGAGCUACGGAAGCGUCUCCAGCGGCGGCUGCGGGGGCGGCGGCAGUUCCGGCUGCGGCGGCGGCUCCUCCGGGGGCGGCGGCGGCUCGGGCUGCGGCGGCGGCGGCUCCGGCUGUGGCGGCGGCUCUUCCGGCGGCGGCUCCGGCUACUUCUCUCAGCAGACCACCCAGGCCUCGUGCAUGCCUCAGCAGAGCUACGGAGGGGGAUCCUCCGGAGGCAGCUGCGGCGGCGCCUCCUCUGGGGGCGGCGGUGGCUGCUUCUCCAGCUGCGGCGGCGGCGGCGGUGGCUGCUUCUCCAGUGGUGGGGGCGGCGGCGGCUCCGGCUGCGGCGGUGGCUCUUCCGGGGGCUGCGGUUCCUCCGGGGGUGGCAAGGGCGUCCCGAUCUGCCACCAGACCCAGCAGAAGCAGGCGCCUACCUGGCCAAGCAAAUAA